AGGACAACCCGACUUGUCUGGGAAACUCCUUCGAAAUCGCUCGUCGCCGAUUCAUUUCGAUCGAGAGACGUCUUUUAAAAUCGCCUGACAUCCGUUCGCAAUAUAUUUCAUUUAUGGCCGAAUACGAAAACCUCGGUCAUAUGUCCGUUGUGGCAAACCAAAAUUUAGAUGAGCCUCAUUUUUACAUACCUCAUCAUUGUGUCCUAUAGCCGAACAGCGAAUCAACAAAACUUCGUGUCGUGUUCGACGCCUCAUGUAGGACGACAUCGCACAAAUCAUUAAAAGAUCUACUUUUAGUUGGACCAACAAUUCAACAAGAGCUGUACAUAUUGUUGCUACGAUUUCGCUUGUUUCGAUACGCUAUAACUGCAGACGUCACCAAGAUGUACAGGCAAGUACUUUUGAACAAUAAUGAUCGUAAAUACCACUAUAUUCUUUGGCGAGCUUCUCCAGAUCUGGAACUCCGCACAUAUCAACUAAAUACCAUCACAUACGGAACGGCCUCGGCUCCAUAUCGUGCAGUGCGAAGCCUUCACUAUUUAGCAGACAAGUGCAUGGAUGAGUUGCCAGUUGGUGCCUCGGUUGUGAAGUCGUCUUUCUAUGUGGAUGAUAUGCUUUGUGGAGCUGACAGCAUUGAUGCCUUGCGUACGGUAAAAAGCCAAGUUAGUGCAGUUCUCGAGAGAGGUAGCUUUCCAUUGUCGAAAUGGCACUCCAACCACGUAGACUUCAGGGAAUGCCAAACAUCAAAAGAGCUCAACUUCACAGAAGAUUUAGUAACACUUGGUAUCACAUGGGAUCAACUGGAAGAUGUGUUCCUGUUUACAUUUGCACCAAAGGAAAUUCAUACUGCGGUCACAAAACGCACGAUCCUUUCGAUCGCCUCAUCACUCUUCGACCCGCUCGGAUUGCUUGCACCUCUUCUGAUCACAUCCAAAAUCGUACUCCAAGAACUGUGGCUUUUAAAGCUCGAUUGGGACGAGUCCGUGCCACAAAACCUGCAACACGCUUGGAGCAAAUGUCUCUCGGUUCGCUAUCAACGCUCGCGGUGCCUCGUUAUUGUCAACAGCCAAACGCAUGCAAUCUCCAAAUUCACGGCUUUUGCGACGCAUCGAUUCGAGCAUAUGGUUGUUCUUUGUACUUGCGCACUGAAGGCACAGAUGGAAAUAUUGCUGUUCACUUGCUGACAUCGAAGUCACGAUUGGCUCCUGUCAAAAAACAAUCGCUUCCGAAACUCGAGCUUUGCGGAACGCAUCUUCUUGCACAGUUGUACAAUAAGGGCACCUCACUUCGGCGGCCUCUGGGAAGCCGCUGUAAAGAGCGCAAAGGGUCUUCUUAAUCGCAGACUGGCAAACACUAAACUAACAUUUGAAGAGCUGAGCACCGUCGCUGCUGAAAUAGAAGCAAUACUCAACUCCCGUCCACUUUCGCCACUGUCGUCAGACCCAAAUGAUUUCGGAGCUCUGACUGCUGGACAUUUUUUGGUUGGUGAUUCACUACGAGGCCUACCUGAGCGUUCCCUGGAACAUAAAAAUAUCUCCAGUCUAGAUCAUUUUGAGAUGAUCACCUCAAUUAAACAACGCUUUUGGCGUCGCUGGUCUGCAGACUACGUUAACGAACUGCGCGCACGGGUCAAAUGGGCGACACCUACACUAAACCUCAAAGUUGGAGCCCUAGUAAUAAUUCAUGACGACAACCUACCACCACAGCGCUGGAAACUUGGUCGCAUCGAAUCCACCGUGCUUGAGAGAGAUGGUAAAGUUCGCGUUGUGCACCUUCGCACUGCUAAUGGACAUUGUUGCCGCCCGAUACACAAAUUAGCCCUCCUACCUGUAUCUUGAAAGAUGGUUCUUUCAACGGGGCCGGGAUCUUGGAUCACCCUAAUAGCAUUAAUAGCAAAUAUUAAAAAACACUCAUUUCAUGAGUUAAUAACCACCCGUAAUGUACUUAUAAACUAAAACACACUCAUUGUGAACACACAUAUGUAUACAAAUGCACACACACCUAACGUUAAGAAUCAACGUCUCAUUGCACUCAUUCUCAGUCUCACUUAAUAUUUUAGUUAUGCAUACAUAAAUUGAAUUCUAAUAAAACACAGCAUAUCGAUCUCUCAUUUGGAACGGGUCGCUUUUUAUUGUCUUCGCUUUGGUACGUUGGAUUUUGCUGACAGUUGCUAAGCUAGUUUUCCGCAUCACAUACGGACAAGCAUAUCUUUGCUCAUUGCUGUUACAAUUUAUUCGCUGGCCAACAUUUGCACACCCCCACUUCCUAAGUUUCGUGCUGGCAAAGAAAAAUAUCUUUGUAUCAACAGUACCGUUCACAAUUGAUGAACCAACAUUUAACUGAAGUGUUACGAACGGCUUUAACUGACCUAAAACCAGAUUUUGAAAA